GUUGUUUCUCAUAAGAUAAAAUUUGAUGUUUAAGGUCAAGAACAAGGUCUUUAGUUGGGCUACAGUUGUAUAGAAUAACAAUAUUCUCAGUCAAAGUUGGAUGCUAUAAGUCUUAUAAAAUGCAGCCAAUUUUAUUAAUGAUUUUGAUCUUAGGUAGCACUCUGUUUCAUAUCAGUACAGCAAGGAAGAAUGUUCUGUUUAUCUUAGCUGAUGACAUGAGGCCUGAGAUAGCCGCACUGAGGGACAAUGACAGUCCAAGUCAGAUGCACGAUAAAAUGUACACACCUCAUUUGGACGCAUUCACUGAACACAGUGCCGUUUUCAGACGGGCAUAUGUACAACAAGCAAUCUGCGGCCCAAGUCGAGCGUCCUUCAUGACAGGGCGACGUCCAGAUACAACACGCGUGUAUAACCUUCAGGACUAUUUCAGAAGAGUCGGGGGUAAUUUCUCUACUAUUCCCCAGUAUUUUAAGGAGCGAGGCUACAGAACUCUUGGCAUGGGGAAGAUUUUCCACUCGGGACAAUCUGCUGGUGGAAAUAAUGAUGCCCCAUCAUGGUCCAGUGAUGAAACAUUUUUCCAUUCUCCAAGUCGACGUGGUUAUUGGAACCCGAUUAAGAAAGAGCAUUCCUGGUACUCGAUCAACACUACCCUCGAGAGGGAGCACCCUAUUGGAGAUCAAGAGGUGACGGAUCAUGCAAUCUCUGUCCUACAACGUCUCGCCCCUAAGGCAAUCAGCGGGGAGGAGAAUUUCUUCAUGGCUGUUGGGUUCUACCUGCCCCAUUUACCAUUUAUAUUCCCCGAAAGAUUCCUCCAAUACUAUCCAAUCAGUGACAUCAAACAACCGUCCAAUCCCUAUGCUCCAUUGAACAUGCCAGACUAUGCAUGGCACUCAAAUGGUGAACUCCUUAAUGGCUAUGGUGACAUCAAAAGUCUGAACAUUUCUGGGGCUCCGAACACAACAUGGCCAAGUCAACUAGUGUUGGAUCUACGAAGAGCAUACUACGCAUCAAUCAGCUAUGUCGAUUCCUUAUUUGGUCAAAUCAUGACAGAGCUUGAUAACCUUGGAUUGCGUAAUGAUACAAUUGUGAUGUUUGGAAGUGAUCACGGCUGGCAGUUAUACGAACAUACUGCGUGGUGUAAACACACCAAUUUUGAAUUAGCCACUAGAACGCCAUUAAUGUUCCGAGCCCCUGGCCUGACAGACCAAGGCAUAAUGUCUGACCACCUGGUAGAAUAUGUAGACAUCUACUCCACCCUGGUCGAGCUAGCUGACCUUCCUGCUGCCCCUCUCUGUCCCGAGAACCCCGCAGCAAUCCAAGAAUGCACUGAAGGCACAAGUCUUGUACCGAUCAUGAAGAACUCGAGCCUACCUGGUAAACCUCGGGUAUUCAUGCAGUACCCCCGUUACAGGCAGUUUGGUCGCGUGAUGGGUUACAGCAUGCGUACAGACAAGUAUAGGUAUACGGAAUGGGUGCGAUUCAAUGAGACGGGAUUUGGUCCUGAUUGGACUGCUCAAGAGGCUGUUGAGUUGUAUGACCACACUAAUGACCAAGAAGAGAAUGUAAACAGAGCUAAUGAUGCGGAGUAUGCCUCUAUAGUGGAACAACUGAAGGGUCAUCUACAUGAAGGAUGGCGACCUGUGGCCAAUUAGCUACCACUGAACUUCAAUCACUGACUGUUAAGAACUAUGAUGAAAUCUGAAGUGAAAAUAUGAGGUUUAAUUGAAUCAGAAAAUCUGAACGAUUGAAAUGAAUUG